ACGCGGGCAGGAGAGACGCUCCGAGUGGCUGAACCUCUGUCCCCACCCUGGUUCUUCCACAGCCCCUGACCCUAGUGUGCUACCCGAGGCUAGUGCGGGUGGCCCCGGGGUCUUCGGCCCCCCGCAGCCCGUCGCCCCGUCCCCGCCGCGCUCCGGCCUCCCCGGCCCGCUCGGCGUCGCUCUGCCGGCGCUGGGGGCGGGCACAGCCCCCUCCCUCGGUGUCCCCUCCCCGUCCCUCCCCCUCCCCCGUGGCGAGGCGGCGGCGGCGGCGGCGGCGGCGGUCGAGGCUGAGGCGGCGGCGGCGGGCGGGGCUCGACUCGGGCUCCGCGGGCGGGCGGGCGGACAUGGCGGCCAACAUGUACCGGGUCGGAGAUUAUGUUUACUUUGAGAAUUCGUCCAGCAACCCAUACCUAAUCAGAAGGAUAGAGGAACUCAACAAGACUGCAAGCGGCAAUGUGGAAGCCAAAGUAGUCUGCUUUUAUAGAAGACGGGACAUCUCCAACACGCUGAUAAUGCUUGCCGAUAAGCAUGCUAAAGAAACUGAGGAAGAAUCAGAGACGACGGUUGAGGCUGACUUGACGGAGAAGCAGAAGCACCAGCUGAAACACAGGGAGCUCUUUCUGUCCCGCCAGUAUGAGUCCCUGCCUGCAACACAUAUCAGGGGGAAGUGCAGCGUGGCCCUGCUGAACGAGACAGAAUCAGUGCUGUCAUACCUUGACAAAGAGGAUACCUUCUUCUACUCAUUGGUGUAUGACCCUUCCGUGAAAACAUUAUUGGCUGACAAAGGUGAAAUCAGAGUGGGCCCAAAGUACCAAGCCGACAUUCCAGACGUGCUGCCGGAAGGCGACUCAGAUGAGAGGGAACAAUCAAAAUUGGAAGUUAAGGUUUGGGACCCCAAUAGUCCGCUUACGGAUCGACAGAUUGACCAGUUUUUAGUUGUAGCCCGUGCCGUGGGAACAUUUGCCCGUGCCCUGGAUUGCAGCAGCUCUGUGAGGCAGCCCAGCCUGCAUAUGAGCGCGGCUGCGGCCUCCCGAGACAUCACCUUGUUCCAUGCCAUGGACACGCUGUAUAGGCACGGCUAUGACCUCAGCAGUGCCAUCAGUGUGCUGGUGCCACUCGGAGGGCCGGUCCUGUGCAGGGACGAGAUGGAGGAGUGGUCUGCCUCUGAAGCCAGCUUAUUCGAAGAAGCACUGGAAAAAUAUGGCAAAGAUUUCAAUGACAUCCGUCAGGACUUUCUCCCAUGGAAGUCCUUGACUAGCAUCAUUGAAUAUUAUUACAUGUGGAAAACUACUGACAGAUACGUUCAACAGAAGCGCCUAAAAGCUGCGGAAGCCGAGAGCAAACUGAAACAAGUGUACAUCCCAACUUACAGCAAACCAAAUCCCAACCAAAUCUCCAGCAGCAACGGCAAGGCUGGCACUGUGAAUGGAGCUGUGGGGACCCCGUUCCAGCCCCAGAGCGCACUCCUAGGACGAGCCUGUGAGAGCUGCUAUGCCACACAGUCUCACCAGUGGUAUUCCUGGGGCCCACCUAAUAUGCAGUGUAGACUCUGUGCGACCUGCUGGCUGUAUUGGAAAAAGUACGGAGGUCUGAAAAUGCCCACGCAGACGGACGAGGAGAAGGCUCCCAGCCCUGCCGCAGAGGACCCGCGCGUGAGAAGCCACCUGUCCCGGCAGGCCUUGCAGGGCAUGCCGGUCCGGAACACCGGGAGCCCCAAGUCGGCCGUGAAGACCCGCCAAGCUUUCUUCCUCCAUACUACGUAUUUCACAAAAAUUGCUCGUCAGGUCUGCAAAAACACCCUGCGGCUGCGGCAGGCAGCGAGACGGCCGUUUGUUGCUAUUAACUAUGCUGCCAUUAGGGCAGAAUAUGCAGACAGACAUGCUGAACUUUCUGGAAGCCCACUGAAAAGCAAGAGCACCAGGAAACCUUUGUCAUGUAUCAUUGGGUAUUUAGAGAUCCAUCCUGCAAAGAAACCUAAUGUAAUUCGAUCUCCGCCGAGCCUGCAAACUCCAACUACCAAGAGGAUGCUCACCACUCCAAACCACACGUCCCUGAGCAUUCUGGGAAAAAGAAACUACAGCCAUCACAACGGUCUAGAUGAAGACGCAGCACACGUGCCUGGUGGUUCACAACAGCCUUUAACUCCAGCUUCCUCUUCCUCCCGCACUGAGUUCAUGUGCACAUAGCCCCUCACACAUGAUUAAAAAUAAGAUAAAAACUUUUAAAUGUGUUCCUUUUUAUUUUUGGUUGUGAGCCCAGCUGAGCCAUCUCUCCAGACCUAAAAUGUUUUUUUCUUUAAAGCAACGUGAGUACUAUUUAGAAAUAGAAACUAUAUAAACUGUUAAACAGCCAAGUUAUUAUAAGACAUCAAUAGGACAACAGCCGGAUGGCACAACUGACCAACUAACAUGGUUGGGAUGCAGGAAACAGACAUGAACAUCCUUGGGUGCAAAGGGCACGAGAAACUGAAGUAUCUCAAUUUAGAAGCUUCAGAGGCUAUACUGGGCGGCGGCCCAGCAUUCGGGAGGCAGAGGCAGGCAGAUCUCUGAGUUUGAGCCAGACUGGUCUACAGAGCGAAUUCCAGGACAGCCAGGGCUACACAGAGGGGUUAGGACUGGACCCGGCUGCUUGCACUGCCAGGGUGUGGCUGACCGGAACAGGAAGUAUCCUUGUGGUGCUCUAGCGCCCCCUUCUGGGAAAAGACAGAUCUGGAGGCAAAAAAAAAUUUAUAGACUUAGUCUCAAGUGUCAGAAAGCCAUCAGAUGGAUAUAUUUGGUGUCUAGAGGCCAGACUGCUGCAGAAACAAACUCCUAGUAGGCCCUUCCCUCAGAACAAUGAUCCUGUUUCUUACUCAUUCAGGGCACAGGUCCUGACUAACCUCAGUGCUGGAUAAGAUCUGGUAAGUGUAGUAAGUUUUCAGGGUAUAGUUUGUACUAUUAAAUACCAGAUUCAUGGGGAAAAGCAUUACCCUGUGCGAUACAAUAGUGAAACCAAUUAGCACAGCUACUUAAUUACCAUAGCCAACAGAUGAGCACACUGUAAAGGCUGUUGAUAGGUGAAACUAAUCUGGCUGCAAAGGACCUGCUUCUACCCCAUGUUCCCGCCUCCCAGCUUCCUGUCUCUUCACUGUCCCUCACCUCCCAGCCUUGCCCUUCAGGCUUUCUCUCAUCUUUUAGGCAGGAAAACGUUGUUUAGCUUAGGAUUCCAUGAGGUUCCAAGUUUAUGUCCCUUGGUUCUGUAUUCCUGGGCCCAUUGUGAAGUUGGAACAUCAUAGCAGCAGACGCGUAAGCCAGCAUUGUUGACUUCAGUGGUAGCCAGCAGGCAUCCGUGCACUUCCGGUUCCCGACGGUGGGAACUCAAGAUAUUUGCAAGAAGAAGGAAUUUCUCCAAGCAUUAAAAACAGUGAUUUUUUCUUUCUUUUGAGACAAGAUGUCACAUGCCCCAGGCUUCCUUCAAACUCCAGAUGUAGCAAAGGUGUCUACAGUACUGGGGUCUAACCUAAGGCACUGUGCACUAACACAUUUACACUUUUUGUGUCUGUAAUACUCUUACUUCUGGGGGAGAGGUCUAUAGCUGAGCUAUAUUCUAAACCACCUUGCACCCCACCCCAAAUAAACAGCCAGUAUGGUGCUGCUUUCCUGAAAGUUUCUGUUACCUGGCCCUGGUGUAGACUCGAGGCAGAGAGCUAGCCUGUGAGGUGGGUUAAGCCAAUCCUAAGGCAUGGACCACAUACAGACAGUACCCACCCAGUGGAGCUCACUGCUGGUAAAGAUGGACUCAGAUAUCAGAAGCCUCCAUAAGGGGCAGGGAAGGUAGGGUCGAUCUGAAAGUCAUACACCUGCAGGUGCCUUGUCAGUGUGGUAUGUCCUAGUGUCCGGUGCCGUCCUGCGCUGUCCCAUUUGUUGACAUGCGUUGAAGUGCUUUCAUGUCUUUUGCAUCACUGAGAACCCGCCACAGGGGUUCUACUCAGCUAAAGUGGGGAAUAAGCCCUUUAAGGGACGCUCUCUGUAUCUCUGAGAGCCCGAGUGGACAGGAGUGGGGACAGAUGCAUCUGUGCUGCGCAUGAACAGUGGAGACAGGUGGCUGAGUGUUUGCAGGAGCUGCAGUGAAUCUCCGACUUCUCCCUCUGCUGCUCCCGUGAGGCCCUCGGUGACUCACUUGGCCUCUUUGCACUAGUUUUCUCCUCCCUCAGUCUGUAAAGUGGAUCACAUCCGCCUUAUGAGCCGUUCUCACGAUGACAUACUUUAUACUUUGUACCUUCCCAUCAUCACAUCAUUUGAUGUAAGCAUUAAGACCACCGGGGCCGAGAUUCGAUGCAAUCAGCAACAGGUUUAUUAAUGCCAAGAUUUGAUGCAAUCAGCAACAGGUUUAUUAAUUCCGGCGCGUCGAGGUUCCUACAGACACAUGCUACUUUUAAGCACAAGAACCACAGGAAUGAGGAUGGGUACAUAGAGGCAUACAAGGAUUGGUUGGAACCAUUUGCCCUUUAACUUCAUUGGUUCACAUCAUGGUCACAUUGUCCUUGGUGCCUGGAGCAAUGCUAUGGUUUUGGGCAGUGGCAAGUCCCUGAUGGUCCUGAUGGUCAUGUGACUACCACGAGGACAGGGUGUAACUAGGUCUUAAAACCACAAAUGGGUGAGGGAGGUAUAACUGGUGGAAUUUCCUGGCAGGGGAAUUUUUCUUAGGGGAGGGGUGUAGCUUGUGGAAUUUUCCUUUGGUUCCACACCAACAGCUCAGAGAGGUUAAGUGACUCACCCAAAGUCACAUUAACAGGUAGCCUCAGGGGGAUUUGAACUCCCAAUCUUGCGUUGCCUUUCAGACAAAUAAGGACUCUGGGCUGUGCCAAGUGAGGCCUGUUCUCUGGAGCUGUUUCCUGGGUAUAAGAGUUGGGUGUCUGUUUGCAGAUGCACAGGAAAAGGCAGUGGGUAGUUGGGAAUCUCUUGGUUUAGUUUCAUUGUGUUUGUCUCUCGCUCGGACUGUGAAGUGUCUAACAGAAACCUGUGGGCUCCAUUCUCUGGCUCCCAAAGCUCCUCCAUCCAUGUCUGGCGCCUGUAGUGUUUCUUUUCCAGCUUUCAGAAGGAAAGGGGAAAGAAGAAAAGCGAAAAGUCAGAGAAUCUCUUGAAGGUAGAAGGUGUUUAUGUUAAACCUGCUGCCUCUGACUCAUAGUAGGUGCUCAGUAAGUGUUAGAUUCAGUCUCCAGUGGCGGAAGAAGCACGAGUCCUGACAGAUUAAGGGCCUGUAUUUGAUCUGCAGAACCCACUUUUGGAAGGAGGGGUGUGGUGGAGAGAGUUUCGCACACCUUUGAUCCCAGCACAGGAGGCAGGCAGAUCUCUGAAUUUGUGGCCAACCUGUUCUAUAGAGUGAGUUCUAGGACAGCCUAGGCUACACAAAGAUCUGAAAACCAAAAUUGGGGUGUGAGAGACACACUGGAUAAAUGGUUCAGCAGAUAAGAACACUGGCCACUCUUCCACACUGGUUUGAUUCCUGGAACCUGCAUGGCAACUCACAACCAUCUACGACUCUAGUCCCAGGGGAUCUAAUGACCUCUUCUGCCCUCCGAGGACACCAGGCACACAGGUGGCACACAGACAUACAUGUAGACAAAGCACCCAUUAACAGAAAAUAAGUAAAUAUAUUUUCAAAAAGACACCUGCUCAUAAUCCCCGCUCAAGGAAGACUUGCCUGCGACUGGAAUCCAGCCAUCCAGCCCGGCCUACUUGGUGAGUUCCAGGCCACCAUCUUAAAAAAAAACAAAAAAACAAAAAAACAACAACAACAACAAAACAGAACAACAAAGGCAGCACCUAAGGAGCAAGACCCAGGUUGACUUCUGGUCCCUAUGUGAACGUACACACACACUAGCUCUCCAGUGGGCAAGGUGUUACAUACCCGUAAACCCAGCAUUUGGGACCACCACCCCCUCCCUUCCCACUGAAUCCCCUCCUCUUCCCACUGAAUCCCCUCCUCCUCCCACUGAAUUCCCUCCCCCUCUCACUGAAUCCCCUCCUCUUCCCACUGAAUCCCCUCCCCUUCCUACUGAAUGCCCUCCCUUUUCCACUGAAUCCCCUCCUCCUCCCACUGAAUCCCCUCCUCUUCCCGCUGAAUCCCCUCCCCUUCCUACUGAAUGCCCUCCCCUUCCUACUGAAUCCCCUCCCCUUCCUACUGAGUCCCCUCCCACUGAAUCCCUUCCCCUUCCCACUGGAUCCCCGCCCCCUUCCUACUGGACCCCUCCCACUGAAUCGUUCUCUCUCCUACUUUCUUGUCUUUUGUAUUUUUGUGACCCAGUAAGUUCAAUUAACAAUGCCUGCAAGAGCACGAAUGGGGGAUUGUUUGAUGGGACAUGGCCCCAUCUUAUGCAAGUCACCACAGCUGCUUUGAGUUUGUGAGUGUGGUGGCCAUGUCAUAUGUCUAUAUAUGGAUUGAACUUGGGCCCCAAGCUGGACUCUCCUAAUUGAUUCUGGGACUCAGUGCUCUUUCCUUACAGGCCCAACUACUGAGGAAGCUGAGGUAGAGCGUUGUUAUGUUGCCAUGUCUAUUUGCACAUUAAAGGGUGUGAUAUCGUUACAAAGAAAUUGCCUUUGAUUACUUAAUUCCACGGAACAGUAAAGACGAGAAUUCGGGCUUGUAUAAUUAGAAGCUGACAGCAGCGGGAUGGGACAUCAAGAUCUUCAGACAGACAGAAAGGAGAGAGCAGAUGGGCUGUGUGCGCCUCUCCUGACCUCCUCAGCGGACAGACUCCUCCCACCCCUGUCGGCUGCUGGCGUCUGGGUUGGCCCUCUGACCUUUCAUUGCACUGCCAAGCAAGAUUACUCUACCACGGGGACCUGGAGGAAAAGUCGUGCUGCGGACUGAUACUGCCCACCGGGGCGCAGCUGGAGGUGCUUAAACCUUUAGAAUGGCAUGGCUACUGUCUCAGGGGUAGUGAAUAUGACUUGGUGUGUCAAGAAAACCACAGCAACAGGCCCCGGAAGAGAAGUGGGGUGGAGCUGGGGCAGCCGGGCAGGAAAAGUGAUAAAUUGUGCAAUAGCCCCUUUUUAAUCCUCUCUCUUCUGGCUUAUUUCCCCUGGGGCAUGCUGGGAUACUGUAGAUUGUUCUUUAUCUCCCGAAUUGAGUGAUGCUGUUUCCUCAACUCUCCUAUGGAGAGGGCGUCUACUGCCGAUGGCUCUCCAAGUACAAUAUUAUGAUCUGGGACGUGAAGAGUGUCCUUUUGAUGAUUUGUUUCUGGUAUCAAUGAUCCAACGAGUCCAACUGUUGGCGUCUCAGCUCUGGGAAACGGGUGGUGGCGAGGACCACCGUCCCAGUGUUAGAGCUCUGGGGCUGCAUCUGCCGUCUUCACAAAUGCCAAUAAAAAUAGACUGCUGGGGACAGUGGAUGGCACACCCGGGCAUGCCUGGGCCCCACUGCCUUCUGUCAGCAAUUAUAUGUCACUUCCAAAGACCACGGUUUUCCUUCUGAAUGUUUAGAACAUUAUUUAUAGAAGAAAGUCGAGUUUUUUUAGAUUCACCUCCAGUCUCCUCAUCUCUAAUGUAGUGUCAUAAUGUGGCUAAAUAUAUAUUCUAAACUCUGUAUUUAAAAACCGUGAUUUUGGGCUGGGGCUAUAGUCAGUUGGUAGAGGGCCUACAGGCCCGGGAGGUAAACCCUCUCACUGAACAGUCCCGUUGGUUGGCACAGCUUUGGGGUUAGAGGCAGGAGGGUCAGGGAUUCAUCAUGGACUAUACAGAAAUGUAAAGGCCAGGGCUACUAGAACGUCUGUUAGUGUGGCACAGUGGUGGAGUGCUUGCCUGCCGUUAGGUAGGCUGUUAAAUGUGAAACAAAGGAGCACCUUGUGUAUUAAAGGGCUCUACGGCUACUCCCUCCCUGUCUGAGGACCAUAGAGGACCAUAGAUGUUCCCUCCACCCAAGAAGCCACAGGGAUAGGGUUGUAGGAGGAUAGACCCAAGUGCAUUAGUCACGAUUAAUCAGCAACCUGGUAUUUUAGGAUAUCUGGCCAGAUUGGCCAUCCCUGGACUUGGGUUUCCUGAUAGCACAUUUUCUCCCAGAGAACACUUGUCUGUCUCUGGAGGAAAUACUAGUGUGUUCCCAAGAGACCUAACUGGAGGCCUGCAAUGUGGAGAUCCUGGGGGAGUGACAGGUGUCCAUGGCUGUUAGUGAAAUCUUUAGCUGUGAGAGCCCAUGCUGACUUCUUCAAGUUGUUGCAUUAAAGAUUUAUUUUAUAUAUAUAUUUAUAUUUAAUAAAUAUGUAUUUAUAUAUAUAUAUAUGAUGAGUACACUGCCGCUGAGACACACCAGAAGAGGGCAUUAGAUCUCAUUACAGAUGGUUGUGAGCCACCAUGUGGUUGCUGGGAUUUGAACUCAGGACCUCUGAAAGAGCAGUCAGUGCUCUUAACCACUGAGCCAUUUCUCCAGUCCCCCAGACAUCCUUUUCACUCUGUCUCUGGAUUUCCCGAUCUUAUUAACUAACCCACACAGGGUAACCUUCCUGAAGUAAACUCUGGCUAGAAAGCUAAGCCAAGUAUGAGAGA